AUGGAGGCUGAAUUUACAGGCCUGAGGUUCCUUGAUGAUUCCGAACCGAAGUACAAAGGUAAUGAUGGUGAAAUGGAGGUUGUGGAAGAUGAAAUAACCGAGAAGCAUAUUGGACCUUAUGUCAGAAUCUUCUCUAGCUGUGAAAAGUUUCCUCUUCAAGGCUAUUUGGUGCUGUCUGAGAAAGUGCAGCGCUCAAAGGUAGGUCCAGCAAUUAUAGUGGUCAUUAUAAUAUGGUUUUUUGCACUUGUGGAGUGUGAAGGUGAAUCCAUUGAUUUGAGUGCGAUGAAACCAGGAAAUGCUCUUAGAUUUGAAAGGCAGGAACCAUAUACAAAACUAGCAUUGUUCCUUCGAGGACAGUCUGUGUUGUACGUCAUUAAUCUCCAAAUUUUGACCCUAGACAUUAGUAGCCUGAAACUAUGUCACUGGCAUAAGAAGCGUGCUAGAAAACUCUAG